CAGCCCGGGGACCGCGGCGGGCUGGGGGGGCAGGUGGCGCGGAUGGUGCUUUGUAAAGGGGCGGGCGGUGGCUGCGCGGGCAGGCGCUGCUCUCGCUCCUCCUCCUCCGCCGCCUCCUCCUCCUCCUCCUCGUAGCGCGGUGGCGGCGGGCAGGCUCCGGCCGCGGCCCCGCAGCUCCCCGCCGAGGCGGCGCGGCCUCCGCUCCCUCCUUCCUUCGGUCGCUGUCCGGCCCCGGCACGAUGUCGGGAGGCGCGGCGGGCGCCCCCAAGCCUCUCCCCUCCUCCGGGCCUAAGUCAUUGCGGGAGAUGCCGCAUCCCCUUGCCACGUCCAGCAGCGAGGAGAUGGGGCCGGCGCUCACCCCCAGCCCCGACCUGCUCCUGCCCCGCAGCAUUGCCGACAAGGAUCUCAGUCUACCCAAUGGCACACCUGUGGACACUUCUAGCCCGGCCUCCUCCUCAUCCCUCCUCAACAGACUACAGCUGGAUGAUGACUUGGACGGGGAAACUAGAGACCUCUUUGUUACUGUUGAUGAUCCCAAAAAACACGUGUGCACAAUGGAGACAUACAUCACAUACAGGGUUACAACAAAGACCACGCGCGCGGAGUUUGAUUUGCCUGAGUAUUCUGUCCGACGACGGUACCAAGACUUUGACUGGUUGAGGAACAAGCUGGAAGAGUCUCAGCCAACGCAUCUCAUUCCCCCUCUUCCUGAGAAAUUUGUGGUAAAGGGCGUUGUCGAUCGCUUUUCUGAAGAGUUUGUGGAAACGAGGAGGAAGGCAUUAGACAAAUUCUUGAAGAGAAUAACUGAUCACCCGGUGCUUUCUUUUAAUGAGCACUUCAAUGUUUUUCUCACUGCCAAGGAUCUUAAUGCCUACAAAAAGCAAGGAAUGGCAUUGCUGUCAAAAGUGGGAGAGUCUGUCAAAUAUGUCACAGGAGGCUACAAAUUAAGAAGUCGACCACUGGAGUUUGCAGCCAUUGGGGAGUAUCUGGACACAUUCUCUCUAAAGCUUGGUACCAUUGACAGAAUAGCGCAACGGAUAAUCAAGGAACAGUUGGAAUACUUGGUGGAACUGCGAGAAUAUGGACCUGUUUAUUCAACCUGGGGAGGGCUGGAGGUUGAGCUAUCUGAGCCACUGGAAGGGGUGUCUGCUUGUAUUGGAAACUGCUGCACAGCUCUUGAAGAACUCAGUGAAGACAUGACAGAAGAUUUCCUGCCUGUCCUUAGGGAAUAUAUAUUGUACUCGGAGUCGAUGAAGAAUGUGUUGAAGAAGAGAGACCAAGUUCAAGCGGAGUAUGAAGCAAAACUGGAAGCAGUAGCCUUGAAAAAAGAAGACCGUCCAAAGGUACCCACAGAUGUUGAGAAAUGUCAAGACCGAGUAGAGUGUUUCAAUGCUGACCUGAAAGCAGAUAUGGAGAGAUGGCAGAACAACAAAAGACAAGACUUUAGGCAGCUACUCAUGGGGAUGGCAGAUAAAAACAUCCAGUACUACGAGAAGUGCCUUACGGCGUGGGAGUCAAUUAUACCACUAUUGCAAGACAAGCCAGAGACCAAAUAAGAAGUACCUUCUUGGACAGUCUAGCACUUCUGUGCUCAGUACCACUAGACAUACUGGAACUGUAUGAAGGACUCCUUUUGUCAAGUUAACUGAAUUGCCAGCUGCACUUCAGCUGGAACAGAUGCUCUGAAAACUGUUUGAAUUUUUUUCCUCACUUUCUGUGUUUAAACUGGGGUAUGUUUCAUCUUUUUGAGUUAUCUUGAAUGGUUCCUUCUUUAUCCUAUGGAGUGAUUGGGGUUCAUACUGAAAGUGUACGGGGAUCUUGAUAAAACUUACCUCUCUAGUCUGGAAGGAACUGAUGAGUGGAACACUAAAAAGAUGAAAAUAAAACUCUACUGCAAGGUGCCAAAUGACAUCUUUAUUACCAUUUUGUUUUGUCUGCUAAAAAAGCAAAAGAUAAUUUUUCCUAUGAUACAGUACUCCCUAAUCAAUCCUUCUUAUUCCUUUUUUUGGAUGGACAGGGAAAGGCUGGAAAUGAAUAUUUUCUGGUUUGCUACUGCCCAAAUGCUCCCUUUGGAUAAAAUGGUUUCUGGAGACUUUUCCAUGUGGGAGUUGGGCUGGUCCUCUGCAGAACACACCACCACCACCUGCAGAUAGCCUGUGAUGCAAGCAUGAACUGUGGUUUUUGUGAGUGUGGCAUGCUGUUGGUUCAUACCGAGUAUCCUUGUUUACCUUGGUGAUUAUGAAGUAAUGUCAGUUGGCUGAAGUGUACUUGUGACUGAUGUGGGGAUCAAAAUCAGCCUAGCUGCAGGAGUGAGUUGAACAUCAGCCUUUGGAGGCUUUCAGGAAUGGUGGAAGAAAGUAUGACUCUUAAGUGUAUAUUUUUUCUAAAGCUAGCUCUGGAAGUUGCAUGGUGGAAUUCUCUUGGUCAGUGCUUUAAACUUUUUGGUUUUGUUUGUGUGGUUUUUUGGUUGUUGUAUUUUUCUUUUGUUGUUGUUGUGUGGGGUUUUUUGUGUGUUUUUGUUGUUUGUUUUUGGUUUUUGUUUUUUUUUUUUCAGAACUAGAGUCACUUUGGGCUUGUUCACUUAAGGUGCCUCCUGUAGUAAAAGUAGAACUCUGCUUUCUUUCCCUCUUAUUUUUUUUUUUCCAGCAGCCAAAGCCAAAAAGUGUCAAAUACUUGCUUACACCGAGCAUCAUUGUGUGUGAAACUUGCCUUACACAGAUUGGUGGGCGUAGAUGGGUACCCUGUUAGGUACACAUAGUGUUCAUACCUGUGUCUACUGCACCACAUGGCAAGUCUGUUAAGACUACCUUUGGUACAGAUCUAUUUUCUUAGUAGUUUUUAUUGGCCUUUAGAAAUGUAACUGCUUCUGCAAGUCCCUUUUAUCCCCUUUCUCUUGCAGUCCAACAUCAAGUAAAUGCCUGCUUGGUGUUAAUGGCCUUAGGAAUGCUGCUGUGAUUCCCAGGAUCCCAGAGUCUUGGUUUAACAGCAUGCAGAUAAAUCUUUUUUAACUAUCCUAAGUGAGGGGGUUUGGGGCUAUCAGUGUAAUAUUGGGCUUCGGGGGAAUAAGUAAAUUCGAGCGCUUACUGCUAAACUUGAGUGAUUACUUGAUCUCCAGGAACACUCUUAUGAAGAAUCUGAGCAGUAAUUGAGUAUGUGCAACUUCUGUGUUCUCCUGUGAUGACCUACCAGGUACCAGCUUGGUUUGGACUUCAUCCCUUCAUAAACACCUUCAGGUGUACCUAAAGUCCCUCUGUUCAGCCUGGUGGCUCUAUAGCAGCUGUCGAGUUAUUGCAGCAAUGCGGUAGCUGUCAGGUUAAUGUGAUGAUGCUGUCUCGGUGAAAAAGUCAAGUUUAAGACAUUUUAAGAGGUCUUCCUUUUUGACUCAGCCUCCAUUGACAACUCUGUGGUACUAAACAAACUAUAAUUUUUGGUUCAAGCUUAGAGUUUGUCAAUAUACACUUAAAUGAGAACUCUGCUGUUGCUAUUAGGUCCAGCCUGACAAACUGCUCUUCUUGUGCAAGGGAAGUGCUUAGGGGGAUCAUCUGGAAGCACUAAACAAAUGUUUUACUCAAGCUUUUUCUUCUACAGUAAGCACUUGCAUACCAUUUAGCAGCCUGACCUUCAGGGCUACAGUCUUCCCUGUUUCCCAUGCUUUUUUGAGCUGGUUUCUGUGUGGUAAAUUGAAUCUUGUUCUCGACUCUGCAACAUCCCUGAGAGUUGAGGAGAAUGUAAUUUUAACUAAUACUUAGUCUUCCCUUCACCUUAUAAAUAAAAAAAAAAGCAAGAUGAGUGCAAAGGAUGGUGUCUUUUUCCUGUGGGUGAGGAGGUUUUGUCUGAUGCCUUAGCACACUGAGGUCAUGUUCCCUCUUAGUUUUCUGUUAAACUGAAGUGUGUGUUCAUUCUGGGGGGUUUAGCAAUUGACAACAGCUGUUCGUGAGAAGCAUAGUGGGCAGUGGGGAGUACCAAGUGAAGUUCAAAUCAACAUGUAACUGUUGAGCUGUUGCAGAUCAGCUUACAUAUUCUUGAAUCUGAUGCCACUGAUUCUGCAGCAUGGUUUUCAAACUAGUCCUCAGCCAAAACAUAUUUUGAUUUCAGGUAAAUCCCUUUCUGGAUAAGCUGUUGAAAGGCAGGCAGGCUUUGCAGUUCCCUGUUGGAUUAUAUUGCUCUGUGGCACCUGCAGAUUGAUUUGGAGAAGAGGUUGGAACAUGCUUCUCAGGCUGUGGCCACUAAUAGGAUUUCUUACAUGUUUCUGUAACACCAAAAUGUCUUAAGUCCCUACAAGGGAAGUAAAACUUAACAUUCCCUGGCAAGCAUUGCUGCAGUGGAAGAAAUAUGUGUAGUGGUGAGUCCCUCAGCUCCCAUGGGCUAUGGAGGAGUCUCUUUAUAAAGAGCAGUUGUAAAUCAAUAGGUGAUUGUGGGAGAGGCUGUGAUGUGUGGGGAGGAUCCUGACUGUGAGGUUUGGGGCAGCUGUGCCAAAUGGGAGAACUACAAAAUAGCAGGAAACCCUGUCAAAUGCAAAGAGUGACACUUGUGAAGGGUACACUUAGCUGCUGUUAGUGGGAAGUUGAGAUCUGAACCAUUAGUGAAGCUGACAUGUUAUCCCAUAAUCCUUACAGGAUAGGUGUCUCUCCUUUGGAUGGCCCAAACCUGGAAUGUGAAAAGUGUUGGUAAAGGGAAGCAGGAGUAGUGUGGGAGCUUCACCCUUGAGUAACUUCUGAGUGUUCAGUCACUUAAGGUCACCCUCUGCGUGUGCACCAAAGUGAUGUCAACAUUAGUUGUGCCCUUCCUAUGACACUGUGUAACAUGUAGGUCCUUCGACAGUCUUUAAAUUAGCCCAGUUUUCCUUGUAAUCCAUGGCCAGACCAAGCUCUGCCUGAGGAUGUGUAAUUCACUGCUGUCCUGGUUAUACUUCUGUGUAAUUUUUCUGGGACAUUUGUUGCUUCCUUUAACUGGCACCAGCACAAUAAAGCAAGCACUGAGAUCUUGUUUCAUGCUUGGUGAUGAACUGUGCAUUGUUCAUAUGUAUUGUUACCAGGUUCUGACUCCUGCAAUAAACUUAGAUGUUGAAACAUCAUGGCUUUUUUCAGGUAUCCAUUGGAAAAUGAAAAGGGAAUAGGUGCAGCCCUAAAGACACGAACUCUUCUGAUGUGAGUUGUAUCAAGGAAUAAAGUUAAGGAUUCUUCGCUGAAGUCUGCUUAGAUUUUUGUCACACUGACACUUGUGCCAAGGAUAGAGUAUGGGAUAAGUGUUAAAGAUAAGGUCACCUUCCAGCAGUGGCUCUGCGUAGCCUGUUGUUGGUGCGUAUUGCUUGAGAUGUUGGUCCUGCAGAUGCCAAGGUACAAAAGAAUCCUCUCUCAUCCCACCAGGGACUGUUCAGUGUUUUAACAGGAGCCAUGCUUUUGUUAAAACUUGCACAAUUUAACUGAGUAUAAUUAUGAUUAAUGUUGCAGACUGUUUAAAAUCCUGGUGCUGAUAACCACUAGACUAAACUAGCUCAGUAGAUGUUGAGCCUUCUUAAGUUCUGAAGGUUGAACGGUAUUUCCCUUGGUAUAUUAGCUUUUACCACAAUAACCAAUAAAUAAGGAAAAUGGGGUCUUUUUUUUUUUUUUAAAUUAAGAUAAGGGAGUUGCUACUUCUUGCCUUUGUGUUUUUGUAAAGUAAAACUGGGUGUCACAGGAAUAAACUUGCCUUCUGGCAGUGAGAAUGUUGCAUUUUAAACUUUUUGCAAGUGUGCUGUUCAGAAUAGAAUGGCAAUGCUUAAUUUUGUGCUUAGCACUUCAGAGUCUUGUUGGGGUAUCUGACUUAUACAAGUACUUAGCAGUGAACUGGGCUAGUUUUAAGGUUGCAUGGCAAAGGCACAGUAGUUGUGCAGAGAAUAAUGCACUUUCUGAAAGGCAUAUAUAGGUCACCCUUAAGCAAGUGGCAUGCUAAAGCAUUAAAGGCUAGUUGCUGUCCUAGACUCAUUUGAAGGCCUUGGUACUCUAUGCUUUGAAGCUAAACGUUUGCCUUAACUCUGCUGCAGGGAUGUGUAUCCAUCCAUACCUUCAGAUCAAGCAGCAGGGUUGGGGCUGGUGCCACGUUCCCACUGCACAAGGAGACACGUUGCAGAGGGACAGUCUUUUGUUGCAAAACAAAUUGCAAAUGGCCAAAGGGCUUUUUGUCUUUAUAUUAAAAUAAAGCAGCAGCAUCCUUGUUCUGUUUUCCUCUGUGCCUGCAUCCCUGUGUCCCUCCUUAAGGUCUGGAGAGUUGGGCCAUGCAGGUGAAGGCAAACUGGCUGUGAGCUGAGGUGGAUCUCAUCCCCCUCCUUGUUGAAGGUGUCAGUACUGGGGACCAAAGCGCCGCCAGCUCCUUGCCCAGGCUCUGCCGCUUCCAGCCUCUAUAAAAACCCACUCACCAGAACUGUAGGGUCACCAUUCAUACCAUUAAAAACCAAAAUGAAAGCUGUGAAAAGACUUGUCUCUGUGUGAAAUAGUAAACGGUGUGUUAGGGAAACAGGAAGGAGGGGUUUGUUUCCUGCACUCGACCAAAGCUGGCAACUGUGCUCUUGUUCAGACUUGCAGGCUAUGAAAUGUUGUCUUGCCUUCUGGUGCUGGCAUGUUUCUAUACCCUUUCAUAUAUCUCUGUAUAAAUAUACUUUGUGCGUUGUUUACUAUGGAACUAGUAUUGAUGGAGAAAAACGCUUUGAGGUAAAACUGUUUGUAAUUCUCUAUUAGUGUGUACAUUUUUUUAAAAUGCACCAUUUGUUUACCUCAAUUAAUUUAACGGAAUGGACCAAUAAAUGUAUUAAAAGAUGACUCCUUUACCUAGAA